AGGAACCUGCUCCAAAGGUGAUGCAGGUCCUCCAGGAGGCGUGCGCGGCGUUCUUCUCGCCCUUACGGGUGGCAGUGAUUCGCUCCCGCACCGAGCGAAAGGAGUCCCGCGUCACGCCGCCGCUCCCUGCAGAGCGGGAGGAGGAACCGGAGCGGAGCGUGCUACCGCCAUUGGUGACGGAGGACAUCCUCCCAUGGCUGGCAGCAGGGCUUCGGUCCGACUCCGUGGUGACGGUCGCGGUGACGCUGUCGCCCCUGACGUCGUCCGGGAAGUGCACGGUGGGCGCCAGCGACUGGUCCAAACGCGUGGGCGUCUUCAGCCUGGAAAGUGUCUUAGAGGAGCCGUUGUCCAGCCGUGUGAUGGAGCGGACGACGAAGUUUCUGACCCACCAGGUCACUCACAUGCUGGGAGUUCUCCACUGCUGCUACUUCCGGUGUUUGAUGAAUGGCGCAGCGCACCAGGAGGAGGCGGACGGUCGACCGCCAUACCUCUGCGGGGUUUGCUUGAAGAAGCUGCACCUCGUGACGGGCUUGGACCCCUUGCUGCGCUACCAGCACCUCGCGCGCUUCUGGGCCUGGGCCGGCAGUCCUCAGAUCGCCAUGUGGUAUGAGACUCGUGUGCGCGUGGUGCGAAGCACCUUCGCCAACGCGCAGGUCCAGUUGCCACCGACCUGCCGGCUCAGACCCCCCAAGGAGCAGAAGGACGGCCCGGGCGGAGAAGAGGGUGCUCGCACCUGGCGUUCCCAAAGGACGGAAGCCUUCCGAGAGGAGUCGCCUAUGAUUUCCGCAAAGCAUUUGACCUGGUCCCCUUCGAGCUGCUUUUCAGCAUCUCCUCGCAAGACGCUUUGACACCUUCUCGCAGGUCGAAAGCGCUGAAAAGGCGCCAGCGCGCUGGGAACCCGAAAGCGAAAAAAACACAGGUGGCUGAGUGAAGCUGAGUGAAGCUGAGGCUCAUCUAGCUUGAAUCCGGGUGUCUUCCAAAUAGCAAGUGG